AGGAAUUGAAAAACAAUCAAUUUUAAUUCAACCAAUCAGUUAUCUAAAAAAUGGCAUCAAAACAAUCUCAACCUUUCUCAGUGACACGGCAGGCCCCCGAGCUGAUCGCUCCAGCGAAGCCGACACCACAUGAAUUGAAAAGACUUUCAGAUAUAGAUGAUCAAGAAGGCUUAAGGUUUCAUGUUCCAAUUAUAUUCUUUUUCAGGAAUAAUCCUUCAUCCGCCAUGAAAGGGAAAAACCCCGCCAAGGUGAUAAGAGACUCACUAAGUAAAGCGCUGGUAUUUUAUUACCCUUUUGCUGGUAGGCUCAGGGAAGGUGAUAACAGAAAGCUUCUGGUAGAGUGCAAUGGUGAAGGGGUUUUGUUUGUUGAGGCUGAUGCUAAUGUCACACUUGACGAACUUGGCCCUGAAAUUCAGCCACCAUUUGCAUGUUUGGAUGAGCUACUUUAUGUUGUUCCAGGCUCCGAUGGUAUCAUUGGCUGCCCACUGUUGUACAUUCAAGUUACUCGUCUAGAAUGUGGAGGGUUCAUUCUUGCAUUACGUUGGAACCAUACUCUGACAGAUGCGUAUGGCUUCACGCAAUUCUUGAAAACGAUGGAGCAGAUGAUACAAGGUGCACCAACGCCUUCAACAAUCCCUGUUUGGCAACGAGACCUCUUAUCUGCAAGAAAUCCACCACGCAUAACACGUAUCCACCAUGAAUACGAACAGUUCGAUGACUCCAUGGACAGCCUAAAAAACACAAACCCUAAUGACUUGGUUAACAAAGCAUUCUUCUUUGGCCCUGAAGAGAUCACCUCUCUCCGCAAAAAACUUCCUCCACACCUCAAAAACUGUUCGUCAUUCGAAUUAAUAAUGGCUUGCGUAUGGCGAUGCCGAACCGCUGCUCUUCAACUAGACCCCAACCAGAUUGUUCGUCUGUCGUGUUUGAUUAGUGUCCUAAACAAGCGCUAUAACUUUCAUCUGCCUGAGGGUUACUACGGCAAUGCAUUUGCGUUGCCGGCAGCGCGUUCGAAGGCAGAGCUUUUGUGCAAAAGGGGAUUGGGAUAUGCUGUGGAGUUGGUGAAGAGUGCGAAGGCGCAAAUGAGUGGAGAGUAUAUACAAUCUGUGGCGGAUCUUAUGGAGAUGAAGGGGCGAAUCAAGUUUACGAGUGUGGGGAAUUUCAUUCUUUCUUAUGUGAAGAAUUCUGGGCUUGCAGAUGUUGAAUUUGGCUGGGGAAAAGCUGUGUAUGGUGGACCAACUGGAGCUGUAUCAUCCAUGAUGAGCUUCUGCCUGGAGUUCAAGAACAUGGAGGGAAAGUCUGGGAUUCUGUUGCUGAUUUGCUUGCCCAAAUCAACCAUGGAAAGGUUCCAAGAAGAGAUGAAGAAAAUGACUCAAGUAACAAUGGAGGAUUUCUAUGACAUAAAUUCAGCUCUCAAGAUAAGCAGGCUAUGAGUAUCUUGUACAUGCUAGUCAAAUCGUAUAUUAGAUAUCUAUCAAAAACCUAAUUUUUUAUAUUAUA